AUUGGCUGAAGCUGCAGCAGCGUUCACAGCAUCCCUCAUCCCCCCGUCUCUCUCCCUCUCUCGCUUGCCUGCUGACUGAGGCACUCCUGCAAACACGGGUUGGGACAGCUCUGCUUUGCUGUGGCUCUGACCGAGGCUCCUUUCCCUGGCUGGAUAAACUCUCUCUCCAGGCUCCCAGGCUAUCUCUCUUUCUCGGAGCCCAGACUGCAGCCUCGCCCUGGCGGUGCAGUCAUAGGAAGUUGUGGAGCUGGGUUUCAGGAUGGACCAGGCUGUAGUAGGUUUGGAUCUGGGAAACUGGGUCAUCGUCCGGCUCUACUGAGGGGGCUAGUGAGGAAUGCCUGUUUUGGACCUGGAGUGAUGGGGUGCACCACCAGUGUGGUUGUGUUUGACGGACUGCUUACGGUCUUACAGAGGAACUGUGGGUACAUCUGCAAAAGUGGUGCUGCCGAGCCCGUUGGGCAGAACGAGGCUGAACAAGCCGCGUGCAGCCGGAGGGAGUCCAGGGUCCCAUGGCCAACACCUCGAGUACUGAAGGUGAAGCCCAAGGUGAUUGAGCCGCUGGACUAUGAGAGUGUGCUGGUCCAGAGGAAGACCCAGAUCCUCAGUGAUGUCCUCCGGGACAUGCUGCAGUUCCCCCUGGAGGACUUCCAGAUUGCGACUCAGAGACGCCAAGGAAGAACUCUCUACCCCACAGUGCCUGAGAACGCCGUGAAGGAGGCGCAGAGUCUGUUUGUCCAAGAAUGCAUCAAGACCUACAAUUCUGAUUGGCAUGUCGUUAAUUACAAGUACGAGGACUACUCCGGGGACUUUCGGCAACUUCCAAACAAAGUGUCCAGACCAGACAAACUGGCUGUCCAUGUUUUUGAGGUGGAUGAAGAUGUCGAUAAAGAUGAAGACACAGCCUCUCUAGGUUCCCAGAAAGGUGGGAUCACAAAGCAUGGCUGGCUGUACAAAGGCAACAUGAACAGUGCCAUCAGUGUCACCAUGAGGUCUUUCAAGAGGAGGUAUUUCCAUCUAACCCAGCUGGGUGAUGGCUCUUACAACCUGAACUUCUACAAGGAUGAGAAGAUCUCCAAAGAACCCAAAGGAACCAUCUUCCUGGACUCCUGUAUGGGAGUUGUUCAGAAUAACAAGGUGCGGCGCUUUGCCUUUGAGCUGAAGAUGCAGGACAAGAGCACGUACCUGCUGGCUGCCGACAGCGAGGGAGAGAUGGAGGACUGGAUCAGCACUCUCAACAAGAUCCUCCACAGCAGCUUCGAGAUCGCCAUGCAGGAGAAGCGUAACGGGGACAUCCACGAUGAUGACGAGCUGGGAAAGGCAGAUGGUUCGCCUGGGAGUAUGGACAGCUUUCAGAGUGCAAGAGAUAUUGAAUCGAAAAUGAGGAACGAGACCAGAUUGAAACUGUUCACCUUGGACCCUGACACACAGAAACUUGACUUCUCAGGGAUUGAGCCUGAUAUAAAGCAGUUUGAAGAGAAGUUUGGAAAGCGCAUUUUGGUGAAUUGCAAUGACCUGGCCUUCAACCUGCAAAGCUGUGUAGCGGAGAAUGAGGAGGGACCAACAACAAACGUGGAGCCGUUCUACGUGACCUUGUCGCUGUUUGACAUCCAGAACAGCAGGAAGAUCUCGUCGGACUUCUACGUGGACCUGAAUCACCCAUCUGUCAGACAGCUAGUGCCCAACCCCAGCAGCCCGUACAUGAACGGGGGAGGAGACGCUCUGCCGGGGGCGCAGAGGGGGGUCCACGGCCUGCCUGAGGGGGCCAUGCAGUACCCCAGACAGGGAGUGUUCUCUGUAACGUGUCCACACCCAGAUAUCUUUCUGGUGGCUCGCAUUGAGAAGGUCCUGCAGGGGGGAAUCACCCACUGUGCUGAGCCCUACAUGAAAAGCUCAGACUCCACCAAGGUGGCACAGAAGGUCCUGAAAAAUGCCAAAUUGGCCUGCAGCCGGUUGGGCCAGUACAGGAUGCCUUUUGCAUGGGCCGCCAGGACUCUGUUCAAAGAUGCAUCGGGGACGCUGGAUAAAAGUGCUCGUUUCUCCGCCAUCUACAGACAGGACAGCAACAAGCUGUCCAACGACGACAUGUUCAAACUGCUGGCUGACUUCAGAAAGCCAGAGAAGAUGGCCAAGCUCCCUGUCAUCUUAGGAAACCUAGACGUUACCAUUGACAAUGUUGCCCCUGACUUGACAAGUUGUGUUACCUCAUCCUACAUUCCUGUGAAGACUUUUGAGAGCAGUGAGAAGACGAACAUCUUCUUUGAAGUAGAGGAGUUUGUUCCCUGCAUAGCCAAGUGCUCCCAGCCGUUCACCAUCUACAACAAUCACCUCUAUGUCUAUCCCAGGCACCUGAAGUACGACAGCCAAAAGUCCUUCACAAAGGCUAGAAACAUAGCUGUCUGCAUCGAGUUCAAGGACUCGGAUGAGGAGGAGGCUGUUUCGCUCAAGUGCAUCUAUGGUCGACCAGGAGGACCCCUGUUUACCAAAAAUGCAUUUGCUGCAGUAUUACAUCACCAGCAUAGCCCGGAAUUUUAUGAUGAGUUUAAGAUGGAGCUUCCCACCCAGCUCAAUGAGAAGCACCAUCUGCUGUUCACCUUCUUCCACGUCAGCUGUGACAGCAACAGCAAGGCCAGCACCAAGAAGAGAGACGUGGUGGAGACACAAGUGGGUUACGCCUGGCUGCCUCUGCUGAAGGAUGGCAGGGUGAUCAUGAAUGAGAGUCACGUCCCCGUGGCUGCCAACCUGCCCGCUGGCUACCUCAGCUGUCAGGACGGUGUCAGCAAGCAGCAUCCUGAAAUCAAAUGGGUGGAUGGAGGAAAACCUUUGUUCAAGGUGUCCACUCACCUCGUCUCCACAGUGUACACUCAGGAUCAACAUUUGCACAAUUUCUUUGCCCACUGUCAGAGCACAGAGUGUGCAGCCCAGGUGGCGGCAGGAGAGCUGGUCAAGUAUCUGAAGAGUCUUCAUGCUAUGGAAAGUCACGUGAUGGUUAAGUUUCUGCCCACCACUCUCAACCAGCUGUUCCGGGUGUUGACAAGUGCCACCCAUGAGGAGGUGGCCGUCAACGUCACCAGAGUCAUGAUUCACAUUGUUGCCCAGUGCCACGAAGAGGGGUUGGAGCACCACCUACGAUCAUAUGUCAAGUAUGUGUUUAAGACCGAGCCAUACACAGCCACUGCCACGAGAACAGUACAUGAGGAGCUGGCCAAAGCCAUGACUGCAAUUCUAAAGCCUUCCACAGACUUCCUCACCAGCAACAAGCUGCUCAAGUACUCCUGGUAUUUCUUCGAAGCCUUAGUGAAGUCCAUGGCCCAGUACUUGAUUGAGAGCAGUAAAGUCAAGCUGUCCAGGAACCAGCGUUUCUCGGCCGGCUUCCACCACACGGUGGAGACCCUGGUCAACAUGAUGAUGCCCCACAUCACCCAGAAGUACAAGGACAACCUGGACGCAGCCCGCAACGCCAACCACAGCCUGGCUGUCUUCAUCAAGCGCUGUUUCACCCUGAUGGAUAGAGGCUUUGUCUUCAAGCAGAUCAACAACUACAUCAACUGUUUUGUGCCCGGAGACCCCAAGACUCUGUUUGAGUUCAAGUUUGAGUUCCUGCGUGUCAUAUGCAACCACGAGCACUAUAUUCCCUUGAAUCUGCCCAUGCCUUUUGGAAAGGGGAGGAUACAGAGAUUUCAAGCUUUACUUUCUCCCAACAUGGAGUCAUACAGUAAUCCUGUAGACCUCCAGUUGGACUACUCGCUGACAGACGACUUCUGUAAGAACCACUUCCUGGUUGGGCUGCUGCUGCGGGAGGUGGGCGGGGCCCUGCAGGAGUUUCGAGAGAUCCGUCAAAUAUCCAUCCACGUGCUCAAGAACCUGAUGGUCAAGCACACCUUUGACGAACGCUACACCUCCAAGAGCCAGCAGGCUAGGUUGGCAACUCUCUACCUGCCCCUGUUCGGUCUGCUCCAGGAGAAUGUCAACAGGCUCAAUGUGAAGGAAGUCUCCCCAUUCAUCAUCAACCACUCCAACAAUAAUGGAAGAGAUGACCCACUCUUGGGCAACUCCAUGAUGAUGACGCCUCCACGCUCCAGUACUUUGUUAGACAACAGUUUGCACAAGGAUGUGUUUGGGGUUAUCUCUGGCACCGCCUCCCCCCACGCGUCCUCCACCCCCAACAUUAACUCUGUCCGCCACGCUGACUCCCGGGGCUCCCUCAUCAGCACUGACUCUGGCAACAGUCUUCAUGAGAAGAGCAAUGAUAAGACCAACUCUCUGGACAAGAACCAGCCAGCCUCAGCCCUGGGCAGCAGCCUACUGCGCUGUGACAAACUGGACCAGACUGAGAUCAAGAGCCUGCUCAUGUGCUUCCUGCAUGUCCUCAAGAGCAUGUCUGAGGAUGCUCUGUUUACAUACUGGAACAAGGCCUCAUCUUCUGAGCUCAUGGACUUCUUCACACUAGUAGAGGUGUGUCUCCAUCAAUUCAGAUACAUAGGAAAAAGAUCCAUCGCAAGGAACCAGGAAGGGGUGGGACUCGUAGCAGCACAUGAGCGGAAGUCUCAGACUCUGCCUGUGUCCCGUAACAGGGCGGGAAUGAUGCAUGCCCGCUUACAGCAACUCAGCAGCCUGGAUAACUCAUACACUUUUAACCACACCUAUAGCCACUCUGAUGCUGACGUGAUGAACCAAUCGGUCCUGGAAGCUAACAUCGCCACGGAGGUCUGCCUCACCGUGCUGGACACUCUCAGCAUCUUCAUCAUGGGAUUCAAGACCCAGCUCUGUUCGGACCAUGGCCACAACCCGCUCAUGAAGAAGGUGUUCCAGGUACACCUCUGCUUCCUGCAGAUCAACCAAUCGGAGACGGCCCUCAAGCAGGUCUUCACCUCGCUGCGCACCUUCAUCUACAAAUUCCCCUGCACCUUCUUUGAGGGCCGAGCGGACAUGUGUGCUUCGUUCUGCUACGAGAUCCUGAAGUGCUGCAACUCCAAGCUGAGCUCCAUCCGCAGUGAUGCCGCCCACCUCCUCUACUUCCUCAUGAAGAGUAACUUUGACUACACCGGGCGCAAGUCUUUCGUCCGCACUCACCUCCAAGUGGUGAUCGCUGUCAGUCAGCUGAUCGCUGACGUCAUCGGUAUCGGAGGAACCCGCUUCCAACAGUCCCUGUCUAUCAUCAACAACUGUGCCAACAGUGAUAAGACCAUCAAGAACACCGCUUUCCCGUCAGAUGUGAAGGACCUGACCAAGCGGAUCCGGACGGUCCUGAUGGCCACGGCUCAGAUGAAGGAGCAUGAGAGGGACCCGGAGAUGCUGGUGGACCUGCAGUAUAGCCUAGCCAAGUCCUACGCCAGCACGCCCGAACUCCGCAAGACUUGGCUGGACAGCAUGGCCCGCAUCCAUGUGAAGAAUGGAGACCUGUCCGAGGCAGCCAUGUGUUAUGUGCAUGUGGCGGCACUGGUGGCCGAGUAUCUCCGGAGAAAAGGUGCGUUUUCCGUCAGCAGUAGAGAUGUUGCUGAUGAUUGUCAUUCGAUGGUGCCGUUGUCUCUGUUCAAGACAGGAGAACUUCACAAGGGGUUCAUGAAUGGCAUGUUCAAACAGGGUUGCUCAGCCUUCCGGGUGGUCACUCCCAACAUUGAUGAAGAGGUGUCCAUGAUGGAGGAUGUGGGCAUGCAGGAUGUCCACUUCAACGAGGAUGUCCUGAUGGAGCUGUUGGAGGAGUGUGCUGACGGCCUGUGGAAGGCUGAGCGCUAUGAGCUCAUCUCAGACGUCUACAAGCUCAUCAUCCCCAUCUAUGAGAAGCGUAGGGACUUUGAGAAACUAGCUCACCUGUACGACACGCUCCAUCGUGCCUACAGCAAAGUGACCGAGGUCAUGCACACGGGCAAAAGGCUGCUGGGCACAUAUUUCAGAGUGGCUUUCUUUGGUCAGGGAUUCUUUGAGGAUGAAGAUGGUAAAGAGUACAUCUACAAAGAACCCAAAUUCACCCCACUGUCAGAGAUAUCUCAGAGGCUACUCAAGCUCUACUCUGACAAGUUUGGCCCAGAGAAUGUGAAGAUCAUUCAGGACUCUGGGAGGAUCAACCCUAAAGAUCUCGACUCGAAGUAUGCCUACAUCCAGGUGACCCAUGUCAUCCCGUUCCUGGAAGAGAAGGAGCUGGUGGACAGGAAGACAGACUUUGAGAAGAGCCACAACAUCCGGCGCUUUGUCUUCGAGAUGCCCUUCACCGUGUCGGGGAAGAAGCAGGGAGGGGUGGAGGAGCAGUGCAAACGCAGGACCAUCCUGACCACAACACACUGUUUCCCCUAUGUGAAGAAGCGUAUUGCGGUGAUGUACCAACAUCACACAGACCUGAACCCCAUAGAGGUGGCUAUAGACGAGAUGAGCAAGAAGGUGGCCGAGCUGAGACAGCUGGUUUCCACCAGUGAUGUGGACAUGAUCCGCCUGCAGCUCAAACUACAGGGCAGCAUCAGUGUCCAGGUAAAUGCUGGUCCCCUCGCAUAUGCCAGAGCUUUCCUGGAUGAUGCCAGCACCAAGAAGUAUCCUGACAACAAGGUCAAACAACUUAAAGAAGUCUUUAGGCAGUUUGUGGAGGCGUGUGGCCAUGGCCUGGGCAUCAAUGAGCGGCUGAUCAAAGAGGACCAGCAGGAGUACCAUGACGAGAUGAAGGCCAACUACAGAGACCUGGCCAGAGAGCUGUCCGCCAUCAUGCACGAGCCAAUCAUUCCAGUGGAGGAUGGCAUGAAGAGCGUUCUUCCAGACUCGCUGCACAUCUUCAAUGCCAUCAGUGGUACCCCCAGUGGUGCCACCAUUGCGGGCAUGCCCAACUCCUCCUCUGUGGUGUGAGAUCCACUGGGAUUGGCUGACUCCUGACCUCAACGCUCCGCAUGCACGCGCCAACCAGUGUGCCAGUGCUGCCAUGAGCUCCCAUUCCUGCUUCACUGCUCUCCUUAUCAUCAAGUUUGCUCUGGCUAAAGUGAGACACUAUUAAUGUUCUUUUAACCUUCUCUCACCACCUCCUUUGGCUUGUACCGUGGGCCAGGACAAAGGACCAUGUCUUUUUCUGUUUUCACUAUCGUAUACAGUACAGCCCCUCUGUGGAAGAUGGGACAAGGGACAUUGAUCCAUGAGGGCGACUGAACUAAAGGAGGUCCACAUGAACAGAGGGGGGUGGGGGGAGGCGAGGUGAGGUGAGGCAGGGUGGGGCUGUCUAUCUGUGGAGCAGACAUACAGAAUGAGGGGGGACUGGUGUAUCCUCCACCCUGUGUCUUGAGUCUGACUGGGGUUCCAUGAUAUAUACUGUAUAUGACAUCACUGGUAGUGUUUCCUGUGGAGACGUUCCUGUAGGGAUCCUUAAAGCAACACAAAUGUGCAUGUGAUGUCACUAGCUCCCCAUCAGCCUCCUGUCGUCUCAUUUUCAUCUUUUUGUUUUGAUCAUUGGUCUUCUGCUCUGAACUCUUCAAGUGAUCUUGUAUGUACAUUAUUCCACUUUGAUAAAUCUCAUAUUGAUGUCUUGGCGAACUAUAUUUGCUGCAUACAUUGGCAUUCAUCUCUCUGUACAUGAAGACUCGUUAUGUUUUUACAAAGCUGCAACUUAAUGGAAAAAGAGCCUCCUAUGAAAACAUUAGUGUUCAACCUUAAUCACUGAAAUGUCUUAGAAUGGGAUUUUUUUAAAUAUUUUUUUUUUUUACAGCCGUUGCAUAUAAGUAUAUUCCAAGCUGUUAAUUCUUGUAUAUAAAAAAGGAGUGCAAUAUUUGUCUUUUGCAAGGUGUCUUGCUGUGUUGGGUUCAAUACACUGUAAAGAUGUUUGUCCUUCUUGCCAAAGCAAUGAGGUGUGGAUCCAGAGACGAGAUCUACUGUGGUAGUUUAUAUGAAGCUUUGACCAUUUUAGUGUUCAUUCAAAUGUUAAUGAAAUCAUUUUUAUAUUUGGGAAGCAUUGGGUUUUUUAUUUUUAUUUAACAGAAAGUCACUGUUCUGCUGUAUACAGAAAUGUUCCCUAAUGCUUUUCUUUUAAAUAAAAUUCCCUUAUUUCUCUGCA